AUGUCCACCGAUGAGGUCGACAAGCGCGUCAACAUCGCUCACAUCGAGGGGAAAUUCUUCGUGCACGAGACGAAAGAAUUGGACAAACUGAAGAACCUCCGAAUUGUGCCUAUGGAUUUCAACCGAGGAUCGAGUAUUUCGCUUUUCACUCUCUAUGGCUUACUCCCGGAAAUAGUGCACGCCUUGUACGAGUUGAACUUGGUCAAUUUCGUUUCACCCGAGGAAUCGCCGAGCAAAUUGGAUGUUUUACUGGGCUAUCAAGGAGAAAAUCUACCUACCACUUCUCAAACGGAAGAUACAACCGCUUUGGAAGCGAAUAAUCCACUUUCGAAAUGUGAUGAAACAAUUUCAACCUCAAAUUUUCAACCAACAAUUCAACCUCAAACCGUCGAAUUUUUUCCCGAUUCAGCCGGUUUCUAUGCUCGUUCCAAAAUUUUCCGCGAUCUCUGGAUAAAUGGAUAUUACGUGACGUGUGGCCAAAAAUUCGGUUGUCAUUACUUGGCUUACGAAGAAUCACCGGAUUCUGUGCAUUCUUCAUACAUGGUUUGGUGUUUGGACAAUUCAAGAAACGCGGACUUUCUCUCGCAUCUCCCCGUCCUUCAACGAGUGGCCACGCAAACGUGCAAGAAAAUUUUGCUGGCUACAACAAAUCCUGACGCCGAUGUGCCUCACUAUUCCUUGAUUGAAAGAUUCACUGGACUUGACCGCUUAAAGAGAGUUGACCUUGAAGAAUCGUCUGACUUCAAAAAAAGGCCAAGCACAAAUUUUGGUGUCAUUCUC